GCUGCAAGUGCCACGAGACACAGAUUAUGAGGAUGCGGGACCUACGUCUACGUAAAAUAAAAUGAUCAGUCAAUUGUAGCAUCCAUCCGCGUUAAGUGAAGUCAUGUAAUACUCAGCCUCAAUUUUGAACACGCACGGUCAGUGAGGAGAUUUGGAGUCUACAUUCAGUCCAGUCCAGUCCUCCAGUCUACUUACUUAACUAUGUUGAUAAACACGUGCGUCAUAACAAUCUUUACUUUAAACGUACUUUUAUUGACACAUGUUCGAACAAACGAAACAAAUGAUACCCAAACGUGUGUUCAGUUGUACGAAAAGGGCCUAGAAGCUUAUUUGGAAAACAGAUGGGAAGAUUGUGUAGUUAAUUUUGAAAAAGCGCUAGAGAAAUAUCGAAAAUAUCGGAAAAAAGUGCAGAAUUGUCGGUUAAAAUGUAAAAGUGAUGCUGAAUAUUCGGAACCGCUGUACCCAGUCGACAUAGAAAACCUACUGUUUUUUGAACGGGCUAUUAGACAAACUUUGUGUAUUAUUGAGUGCCAAAAUGGUAGUCCAGAGAUCCUGGAAAACCAUAAUGUUAAUAUGGAAUCCGGGAAUUUGUUUGAAGACCAGCGUCCUUACGAAUAUUUACACAUUUGUUACUUCCAGACAAAGCAAUUGGAAAAGGCCGCAUCAGCUGCUUUCACGUUUCUUGUAGCACAUCCGGAGAAUAAGGUGAUGUCGACCAAUUUAAAGCACUAUCUUGAUCACAACAUUGAAAAAAAAGACAUUGUAAACUACGAUGCCAAAGACUAUGUUUACCUAUAUGCCCAUGGAGCUGAUGCUUAUGACAACAAAGAAUGGCAAUUUGUUGUGUUUAAUAUGGAGGAAAGUUUGGUACAUUACCUUCAAGCGGAAGAAGAAUGUAGAGCUCAGUGUGAGGGACCAUUCGAUCACGGCUGGUAUCCCGAUUUUAUUCCAUCGAUAUCAAAUCAUUUCACAGUAGCUUUAAGAUGCAAACAAAAAUGUAGAAAGAAAUUAAGCUCAUUGAACGGAGAAAUUCAUGAUGAUUUAUUACCCAGCCAUUAUCACUAUCUGCAAUAUGCUUAUUAUAAACUUGGCAAUCUCAAAGCUGCAUGCCAAGCAGUAGCAAGUUACCUGUUGUUCUAUCCAGAUGAUGAGACUAUGCUGGAUAACAUGAGAUAUUACUCCAAACAACCAAAGGUGGAGAUCGCAUACUUCCAACCAAGAAGGGAAGCUACCCAAUAUAUGCAGAGACAAAUUUACGAAACCAGGAUAUUGAAAUUUGUACAUAACGAAUUUCAAAAUAAAUUAGUAACAACAACAACUGAGGGUGUGCCUUCUCAAACUGACAGUACUACAUCUCCUUCUAAUUCUUCCUGAUUAUGCUUUUGGGAUAACUACAAUACUGUAUAUAGCUGUUUGUAAUGCUAACUAUAGCUAAUAUUGAAUUUUAUACGAUUUGUAUGUGAUUAAUAAAUUGUUUUUAAUAA